GGCAUUCACCAUGAUGCGGAGUACUUCCCGGAUCCUGAGACUUAUGAUCCCGAACGCUUCUCGGAGGAGAGUCGCAAUUAUAAUCCCACUGCAUUCAUGCCGUUUGGCGAGGGUCCCAGGAUUUGCAUUGCCCAGAGGAUGGGUCGCAUUAACUCCAAACUGGCCAUCAUCAAGAUCCUGCAGAACUUCAAUGUUGAGGUGAUGAGCAGGAGCGAAAUAGAGUUCGAGAACAGUGGCAUUGCCCUGAUGCCCAAACAUGGAGUGCGAGUGCGUUUGUCCAAAAAGGUUCCCAAAUUACCAUAAAAGCAUAGCGAUGAUGAAAUUCAAGAGUUAAGUGGCCAGCAAUCCAUUCCGUUUAUUUGGAAUGAUAAGAGAUUGCCAUCAGAUAAAAAACAAGGAGUGUACAAUAAAUUCAUUAAUUAUUAUUUGAUUUCGGAAAUAACUUUUAUGAAUUAACAUAGUUUCUUGUGAUAACCAAUGACGUUACUUUUAACUUGUUCUUUACUUUUAAGACUUAUGUAAAUUAUAAAGCUGAAAUGAAUAUGUAUGUGUUUUUUGUUAAAUAACUAUUUGCAAAAGUUUCGUAGGUGCAAUCCAAUUAUUUGCUGUUGAAAUACCUUUUAUGAUUGUCCUUAUCGUUAUCUUAAGUAUGCAUUGAUACGAGAACCCACUGCGAUUACCAAUUACUAAUGCCCCAAGGAGAUAGCAUAGGUUAACAUAUUCUAUAUUCAUUGCGGUAAAAAUAAUGAGCUCUCUAAACGUUUAUGUAUAAUCUGGUGUUUUACCAAUAAAACAAAGGAAAGUGAGGUCAACAAUUUUUAUUGAAUGCAAUGCCAGUGCUGUAGAAUUCUUCACAAUUCAAGGAAUCAUGGAUAAAUAUAGUAUGUACAAUAACAAAA